CUUAAACUGCUCGAACCGGACCGCGGAGUGGGUCAUUUAAUGACGAUCGGUCGUUCAACACAGUCGCACCACGUAUCGUAACAUCCGCGGGAAUUCUGCGAUGGAGAGUCUUGAUACUGCCAAUCUGUUAUUCGAGGAGAAACCUCUGCACACACCGUCCGUGGUGGAACUGCGUGAUGUGCUUGCGGUUGGUCUAAAAUCCUGUUUUGCUACGGUGAAUGUGGAGGUGGUCGAGUGUCCGGAUUUGAGUAAAGCUCCAUUCCACCUAGCUGGAUGUGGAUUGAACGGUAGUCCGACGUUAAUUGAAAUAGGGGGACCCCCGUAUCUGCUGCCUACUGUAGACCGUACCAAACUCUACGAUGUCGUAUCCAUCGCCAAACGUGCGCUGCACGAUGACCAGAAGUCUUUCAUUGCAAUCGGAGCCGGUGCGGGUCCCUUUCCAUUGGUCAAUUCCAACUGUGAGGGAAUGUUCAAUCUGCGCUACAGUCCCCCCGGGAAUGUCGUAAGUGAAAGUCACCUUGCAAUGGUAACACCCGAGCGGGAAGUGAUAGUUCGAAAGAUUCCAAACACUGAGACACGCUGUGCGCUACUCGGUAAUCUACUCGUUGCCGAGGGAAACGCAGGACCGGUGCUAAAAGUCAGCUGUAAACGGCGCACCGGCAACAAAGACUUCAUUGCCAGCAUUCGGACCUGUCUGGAGGAUCGGUACGGUGAGCAAACCGUUGGCAUGGGAGGUGUCUUUCUGCUGCAAGCGGGCAAAGCGAAACAGCACGUCAUGUCACCCUUCUCGACAUCACCCAUCCACACCGAAGAACAGUUAAAUGAGUGGCUCAACUUCUAUGAUAUGCCGGCACCACUCAUCAACGUUGGCACGCUCGUCACGAACGAGUGCGAUUUGGACCUGCGACUGCAACACUUCCACAGCUUUUCCACCCACGGUCACGGCGGUCAUUAUCACAUCGACACGACACCGGAGGUGGUCGAGUAUGAAGGAUACUUUGUCGCCGGUGAACGGAUCGUGCGUGUCGAUAAGCCGGUCAAUACGCAUAAAUUUGGACGCGACUAGUGAGGAUGCAUAGUCUUUGGUGCGAAAAAAUGCAUUCCACCACGAAUGGUGGAAAGGGGGACGUAUGGGUUUAAAUAAACCUUGAUAAAGGGCAUCACGGUAAACAUAUCAA